GCCCGGGGCUCAGCGAUGAGGAAGCAGAGCGUGCGCACCGCCGCGCUCAUCCUGUGCAUCCUGUCUUACCUGCUGGUGGGCGCCGCCGUCUUCGACGCGCUCGAGUCCGAGGCGGAGAGCGGCCGCAAGCGGCUGCUGGCCCAGAAGCGGAGCGAGUUGCGGAGGAAGUACGGCUUCUCGACCGAGGAUUACCGCGAGCUGGAGCGCCUGGCGCGGCAAGCCGAGCCGCACCGCGCCGGCCGCCAGUGGAAGUUCGCCGGCUCCUUCUACUUCGCCAUCACCGUCAUCACCACCAUCGGGUACGGUCACGCCGCGCCGGGCACGGACUCGGGCAAGGUCUUCUGCAUGUUCUACGCGCUCCUGGGCAUCCCCCUGACGCUGGUCACCUUCCAGAGCCUGGGUGAGCGGCUGAACGCGCUGAUGCGGCGCCUCCUGCUGGCGGCCAAGCGCUGCCUGGGCCUGCGGCGGCCGCACGUGUCCACCGAGAAUAUGGUGGUGGCUGAGCUGCUGGUGUGCGCGGCCACCUUGGCCCUCGGGGCCGCCGCCUUCGCGCAUUUCGAGGGCUGGACCUUCUUCCACGCCUACUACUACUGUUUCAUCACCCUCACCACCAUCGGCUUCGGCGACUUCGUGGCGCUACAGAACGACGAGGCGCUGCAGAGGAAGCCGCCCUACGUGGCCUUCAGCUUCCUUUACAUCCUCCUGGGGCUCACGGUCAUCGGCGCUUUCCUCAACCUGGUGGUCCUACGCUUCCUGGCGGCCAGCGCGGACGCGCCCGAGCGUGUUGCCCGCCCGCUCCGCCGGGGGGCGCCCGAGAGCAGCGGCCCCGCCCUGCCCCGCCGCCCCGCCCACCCCGCCGGCUCCACCUCCAUCUCCUACCGCGUCCACCAGCUGGAGUUGCGGGCGCGCGACAAUCUGGGCUUCUCGCCCCCCGCGAGCCCUGGGGCUGGAGGCGGCGGCGGCGGCGGCAGGGCAGGCAGGCCCCUGGCCCGGCGGAAGUCCAUCUGA